UCAGAUUCUCCAGUUCACAAAGUUUUCUCCAGCCUCCAGGUCUUUGCAUCACCCUGAUCACACUACAAAGCAGCCUGCGGGUGUGGGCAGCCACCACAAGAAACUUGUGAAGAAGGAAGAUUCUCAGGCCCCAGCCCAGACCCACCAGAAACGGGGGUCCAGCCCUGCCACAGAGUUUUAACAACCCCUCCAGGGUUCUGAGGCACCAAGGCUGGAACGCUGACGCACUCCUCGCGGUAAACUGUACUGCAUCUUUGUCUCCUCCCCCUGCCGGCUGUAGGUCCACAGUGGCCAGGAUGGGUCCACAUCUUGUGGUCAGUGUCCCUGGUAUCUCCUUGUACAUGCCAUCACAAAAAACGGGAGCCAUCACAAGCUGGAAUCGAGUAAGCCACAUUUUGUAAGCCACACUAUCUCCUCAGGCGUCCUCUCUUUGUUGAGUGCCCUGAAUUGACACCCAAGUGCUCCUAAAGGCUUGUGGAAGUAUUCCAGCUGUCCCUGUGUAAGUCCAGGCUGCGAGGUCUCACGCUGAGGGGAAAGGAGGGUCUCUUAGAAGGUGAAGGGAACAAGACAAGCAGAGGGUGCUCCCUCAGGGGAAGGCCCGGGGCCUGCAGCAGCAGGGGCGCUAAGCGGGUGUACGUUCUCCCACAGGGAAGUCUUCUCCUUCGGAGAGACUGUGGAAGGGCCGAUGGGACUCUGCCCAGGAGCUGUCCCCAUGACUGAGGCUGCAGAGAACUGAGCAAGAAGCGGCCAGGCCGGGAAAGGCUCAGGACUGGGCGGCCGCAGAGGUCAGAGACCAUGGGGACCGGCACCUGACCUCUUGUCUUCCGCUGAGGGAGAGAACUGAAGAGAAAACAAGGGCGCCUCUCCUCCUCGCCCCUCUCUCACCUCCGUUUCUCACUCUCAGACUCCCAUCUCCUCCCGCGUGGUCUCCGGGUAACAAAGCCGCUGGGUCCAGCCCCGCGCAUGGCUGAUGGGGUGCGGGGUGCGGGGUGGGGGGAAGCGCAACGGGUUUCCCGGCGAUAGUGGCCAACGGAAUGGCUUCCCUGCAGAGGGCCCCGAGGCCCAGAGGGCCUCCUCAGAGGCGACGGUGACCCGCAUGAGCAUCCCUGCUCCGCAGGAGGGUCCCGCGCAGGUAUCUGGCCCGCACUGCCCGGGGCUGGGCGGCGGGGCGGCGGGGACCCGCGGACGCGGAGAUCCGGGCAGCGGGCCCUGAACGCCGGAGGCAUGGCCGCGAGGGCGGCCCCGGGCCUGGAGGGGCACCCCCAGCACGAGCAGAUCUCUCAUACAAAGCUUUCUGCGGAUGAUCAGUGGAACCUGCAGCAGGAGAGGAUGUACAAGAUGCACCGGGGACAUGAGUCCAUGCACGUGGAGAUGAUCCUGAUCUUCCUCUGCGCCCUGGUCGUUGCCCAGAUAGUGCUGGUGCAGUGGAGACAGAGGCACGGCCGCUCCUACAACCUGGUGACCCUGUUGCAGAUGUGGGUUGUCCCUUUGUAUUUCACGAUAAAACUUUACUGGUGGCGAUUUCUGUCUAUGUGGGGGAUGUUCUCAGUUAUUACCAGCUACAUCCUCUUCAGAGCUACCCGAAAACCCCUCUCAGGGAGAACACCACGAUUGGUUUACAAAUGGUUUCUUCUAAUCUACAAACUCAGCUAUGCAUUUGGUGUUGUGGGUUAUUUGGCUAUCAUAUUUACAAUGUGUGGAUUCCAUUUAUUUUUCAGAAUCAAAGCUAGAGAUUCCAUGGAUUUUGGCAUCGUGUCCUUGUUCUAUGGCCUCUACUAUGGAGUAAUGGGGAGAGACUUUGCAGAGAUCUGUUCGGACUACAUGGCUUCUACUCUAGGGUUCUACAGCGUCAGUGGGAUGCCCACCAGGAGUCUGUCGGACGACAUCUGCGCUGUGUGUGGGCAGAAGAUCAUUGUGGAACUUGAUGAAGAAGGGCUCAUUGAAAACACCUACCAGCUUUCAUGCAAGCAUGUCUUUCAUGAAUUCUGCAUCCGAGGUUGGUGUAUUGUUGGUAAAAAGCAGACGUGCCCUUACUGCAAAGAGAAGGUCGAUUUGAAGAGGAUGAUCAAUAACCCGUACGGCAGAAAACACUGUUUUCCCUAACUACCUAUUUCAAAGUGACUUGUCCCUUUUCUUGCCCAUGUCUGCGUUACUAUUCCAGCUAAGUUAAAUGCCAAAAAAGAUACAUUCUACUCUUUGUAUUCCACUUAUUCCACUAUAAGGACUUUAGUGAAAAUGUGAUGGGACAUUGCAAAUAUGGAUAAUAUGAAUAUAUGGAAGGAUAAGAUAAGUAGGUAGGCAGAUAAAUGGAUGACAGAUAGGCAGAGAGACAGAUGAUAAAUAACGGGUGGAUAAGAUGAGUGGAUGGGGAGGAAAAUAGAAUAGAAAAUUUAAAAGCCCCAACUGUGAACUAGAAUAUAGAAAAGUAUUUUUAAGGUGUACCAAAUUGUAUUAUUUCCAGAAUUAGUAGGGUUUUUCCCCCUGAAUUUUGGCUUCUUUAAUU